AUGGAUCCAAAUGUUGAAUGGGAUAAAAUCUGGAAUGAAGUCGUAGAUGAUUGCCUUAACAACAACACUGAGGAAGAGGUGAUAAGGUUAGUACGAGAGGCACAACAACAAGCCAACAUUUCAAGUAAGCAUAGAAAAAGAAGAACAGUGAUAGAUCGAAGUCGUGAAGAAGGCCAUAAUCGAUUGUUCAAUGACUACUUCUCUAAAAAUCCUGUAUACACGGAGGCUCAGUUCAGACGAAGGUUCCGUAUGAGAAGACAUGUGUUUCUUCGCCUUGUUGAAGCUCUUGGAAAUCAUGACGAGUACUUUCAAAGAAGGAUUGAUGCAGUGGGUAGAAGGGGACUUUCACCAUUGCAGAAGUGCACCGCUGCUAUUCGUAUUCUAGCAUAUGGAUCACCAGCUGACAUUGUGGAUGACUAUGUUCACAUUGGUGAAAGCACAACAUUGGAGUGCUUAGACAAGUUUGUUAUGGGCGUGUGCACAAUAUUUGGUGCUCAAUACAUGAGAAGACCAAAUAAUGAAGACAUUGCACGCCUACUACAAAUUAAUGCGACACGUGGUUUUCCAGGUCAAUUUUCUAGAGGUGAUCAUGGUAAACCCACAAUCAUGCUUGAAGUUGUGGCAUCUCAAGACUUGUGGAUUUGGCAUGCAUAUUUUGGCACCGCGGGUUCUAACAACGACAUUAAUGUGUUAAACACGCCUGAUGUUUUUAAUGAUGUUUUGAACGGAAAAGCUCCUGCAGUGCAAUACACGGUGAAUCAGACAACAUACCAUAUGGGGUACUACCUAGCAGAUGGCAUUUAUCCUGAGUGGGCAACAUUUGUCAAGACCAUCCCUAUGCCGCAAGGAGAAAAGAGAAAAUUGUUUUCCUAA